UGACAACCGGAAGCUGUAGUAGUGGUGACAGGUAAUGGUGGCACUUAUUAUUGAAGAGUAAAUAGUUACAGUUCAGUUCCUGUACUUGUGAGGAAUGUCUAGCAUAUGUAGAAUAACAGUUAUUCUGGAUUUUAAUAUGGGAUAUCGAAUACACGGCUGAGGAUCUUCCGACUGGCAGUUACACAAUUGUUUUUGAAAUAAUAAGAAAGCUAGAUCAUGGCAGCGGUUGUGGAUCAGACUCCAACGAAAGCAGAGGCAACUUCUAAUAUGUUUUCUGCACCACAAGAUCUGUCGGUACCACCAGCAGUGGACUACUCUUCCGUAAGAAUGAAGACAGCAUUGGUAAGUCCAAAUGAGAAACAGUUUGUUCUUCUACAAAAGCGACUCAAAGAGAGACUAGAAGAUGGGAGAGGAGAGACCAUCUUUGAUGUUGGUGUUGGUGAAGAUGGCAGUGAAAGUGGGUUGAAGCAAGAUGAGUAUGAUGCAUCAGUGGCCACUUUGCAGUCGUUGGCUGCUACGCUGGAUGCAGACUGUGUGCCACUGAGGCACCGAAAAGUGGAUGAAGGCGUCACAGGGCAGUAUUUGGUGAGACGCAGGAUAGAUCAGCAAGACUUCUUAGAAAUCAGGGUAGCUGUUGUGGGCAAUGUUGAUGCAGGGAAAUCUACUCUGUUAGGAGUACUGACACAUGGAGAGUUGGACAAUGGAAGAGGACAUGCUCGGCAAAGGCUGUUUCGUCACAAACAUGAAAUGGAAUCUGGACGUACCAGUUCUGUUGGGAAUGAUAUUUUGGGAUUUGAUAGUCUUGGGAAUGUGGUGAACAAGCCAGAACAUGGGUCCCUGGACUGGGUGAAAAUCUGUGAGAAAUCAUCCAAGGUGAUAACAUUCAUUGACUUGGCAGGUCAUGAGCGUUACCUGAAGACCACAGUAUUUGGAAUGACCGGUCAUGCGCCUGAUUUUGGAAUGCUUAUGGUAGGUGCAAAUGCUGGCAUAGUGGGCAUGACAAAAGAACACUUGGGACUAGCGCUGGCAUUGAGCGUACCAGUAUUUGUGGUGGUGACCAAAAUUGAUAUGUGCCCACCAAAUGUCCUGCAGGAUACACUGAGACUUCUGGUACGAAUACUGAAGUCCCCUGGCUGCAGGAAGGUACCUGUUAUGGUUAAAUACAGUGAUGAUGUCGUCAUUAGUGCUACAAAUUUUGUGUCAGAAAGGUUGUGUCCAAUAUUUCAAGUUUCCAAUGUUACUGGGGAGAAUCUGAACCUUCUGAAGAUGUUCUUGAACCUCCUGACUGCAAGGAUGAUAAGCCGAGAUGAUGAGCCAGCUGAAUUCCAAAUAGAUGACACCUAUUCAGUUCCUGGAGUUGGGACCGUAGUGUCAGGCACAACCUUGAAGGGUGUGAUCCGCCUGAAUGACACCCUCUUGCUUGGACCAGAUACGCUAGGGCACUUCAUACCGAUUGCAGUAAAGAGCAUCCAUAGGAAACGCAUGGUUGUAAGAGAAGUGAGGGGAGGCCAGACUGCAUCCUUUGCCCUGAAGAAGAUCAAGAGGUCACAAAUUAGAAAGGGAAUGGUGAUGGUAUCUCCAGCAGUAAAUCCUAGUGCAUGCUGGGAAUUUGAAGGCGAAAUUUUAGUUCUCCAUCAUCCAACAACAAUUAGUUCUCGUUACCAAGCCAUGGUACAUUGUGGGAGUAUCCGUCAGACAGCAUCCAUUCUGUCCAUGUCACAAGAGUGUCUGCGCACAGGUGACAAAGCACUUGUCCACUUCCGCUUCAUAAAACAUCCUGAAUACAUCAAGGCUGGACAGAGAAUG